UAAUUGAAUUUAAUUCAAUUCUAUCAGUUUUAGUGUUGACUUCAUAUAAUUUUUCACUUAGCACAAUGUCAAAAUCAUUGAUUAUCUUUUCUCUUUUAAGCCUUUACUGCUUAUCCAUUGCCCCAGCAACUCAAGGUCUUCAAUGUUAUACAUGUCGGGGCAUAAAUUGUUAUAGGACAACAAUACAAUAUAAGUUUGAAACAUGUCAAGAUAGCUUGGAUAGUUGCGUAACAAUUUUUGAUAAGUUUGCUGUCGUAGCUAAAGGAUGUGCAAUGAAUAUUCCAGUUGAAUUGAGAAGAAAAUGUAACGAUGAAAAUAAUCCUGAGUGUCUGAUGUGUACUGGAGCAUUGUGCAAUACAAUGGGACGAAGUGAUUUCAAGUGUUAUCAAUGCGAUGAAAGGAAUGCCGAUAUGUCAAAAUGCGCUAACGGCAUUGAUAAACUAACACCACUUCAAUGCGAAGCACCAACUGCACCAAAUUCUUAUUGCUAUACAAAAACCUACAAAGGUGCUACAGUGCGAGGAUGUUCUUUGAAUGUGAAAGAUCAAAAGGAGUGUUUAGCUGAUAAAGAAUGUACAUUAUGUCUGGCAGAAGAUGGAGAAGGUUGUAAUUCAAGACAAAUGCUGGCUGCUGGAGUUAGUAAAAUUUCAUCGGCAUUUGCUUUGGUUUUGUUGUGUGCAACCAUUACAAGGAGUAUUUUUAAAUUUUAAACUUAAAAGUACCUAUUGGUUGAAAUGUAUAACAGUAUUCUUUUUAAAAAUAAAAUAUUUUAUUUAAA